AAAAAACCUGCGAAGACGGGGCACCCUAAAUGUGUGGGUCCUUGCAUGGGUAUAAGAGGAGAGAAGGUGGGAGAACAAUGUGCUUCCCUGAAGCUAUUGCCACCAGCCUUGGAAAGUGUUCCAAAGAAACAAGUGACAGUGAGGGCAAGAGACCAGAACUGACUUUCAUCAGUAAAGGGACCCUGAUAUAACUGUCAGAAAGGUGAGUAGCACGGCUUCCCUUUCAGCCGCAGUCUUUCAGCUCUAGUUCCCACAGCCUUCAACUCCUCACCCUGCCUUCUCAGACUCCAGAUUGAGAGAAAGCCACUGGAAGACUCCCAAACACCAACACCUCUUUGGAAAAAAAAAUCCAAGUUGAUCUUGCUCAGGACCAUCAUGGACCAAGAUGCCCCGGCUAAGCCCAGAGAACAAAAGGUCACUAGCCUGAGAACAAAGUGGAAAAUACUUCUUCUCAUACUCUGCCUGCUCCAUGGUUCAUCCAUGACCCCUCCACACAGGAGGCCCCAUUCCAGAUGGCUGCAGUCUGGCUCUCAACAGUUCAGGGCCCAUCUCUACUCCGUGGAAGCACACACAGUUGCCACGACCCUUUGCUGCUGGAAAAACUCCCUUUCAGGUGCAAACGCAUUGAGAGGCCCCAAGCUGGUGUCUGGGGAGACUGGGGGAACUGUCACCAUCCGUUGCCAUUAUGCCCCCACCUCAGUCAACAGGCAUCAAAGAAAAUACUGGUGCCGCCUGGGGCCUCCAUUGUGGAUCUGCUACACCGUCGUGUCCACCAACCAAUACACUCACCACGACUACCGUGGGCGUGUGGCUCUCACCGACGUUCCACAGAGUGGUUUGUUCAUGGUGAGGCUGCUCCAGCUGUCCCUGGGUGACACGGGACUUUACCGCUGUGGCAUUGGAGACCGAAACGACAUGCUGUUCUUCAGCGUGAAUCUGACUGUGUCUGCAGGCCCUUCCAACACAACCUAUGCAGCAGCUCCAGCUUCUAGUGAGCCCAUCACAGCAUCUCCUGGGACAGCAUCCUCAGCAGCUAACAGAUGGACCUCAGGAGUCACCCAGGUCCUAGAAGGCCGAGGUUCAGAAUGGGACAGAUCAGCUCCAACCCCAGAUACAAGCAAAACUACAUCUUCCGCCAACGGAAGACAAACCUUAACAACAGCCAGAACAAUGGUUCCAAGGACAAGCAGCAGAGAGGAGGGUUCUGUCAAGGUGGCGGUCUCCACACCAGAGGGUCCAGCUCCAAAAUCAGGGAGCCUGUUCAGUACAACACAGGGUGUUUGGGUGUGGAGCACCAGGAACUCAGUAACAACCGGUGCUACCACGAGUGAGGGUAGGAAGCAAGGCACAACCCCAGAGACUGAUGGGCCUCGAGAGGAAACAAAUGUCAGCACGUCUCCAAAUGCACCCAGGAAGACCACAGGAACCACGAGGCCGUCGGUCCUGAUCUCAGAGCAUGGGACCUGGGAAACUCUCCAAGAUGAAACGAAGGUUUCUAAGCAACAAAUGCUGUACUCCCCGGAGGGGUCAUCGCCAGCUCCAAGUGCACAGACCUUGAAUGCUACAUGUAUGGAAGCGGCGCCUGGGGAAGGAAGAACUGAUGGGAGCCUAGGAAACACUACUGAAGAAAGCAGCCCCUUGACACCAAGCCAGCUCUCAGCAGCAGGCCCUAUGUGGGUUUCAGGCAAAGGGUCAUCCAUGAAGAGUACUUUUACAGAAAGAGAAAGCGACUCUCGGAUCCUGACUCCAGUCUCCAUUGUGCUGGCCCUGCUUCUAAUUGCUGCUCUGGUCCUACUGAAAAGGAGACUCGGGGGAGAGAGGACCUCUCAGAAGACAGAAAGGGUGCCAAGGAUCACGCUAAUUCAGAUGACACAUUUCCUACCGGAUAAGCUCCCUGGUGAGGGUAAGAACUUGCAGCAGAGUGACCUUCCUACCCAAGCCAGCCUGACCGUCCUGGAGAAGGACCCAGGACUCUGAGGAUGGGAAGGUAAAGAGCUCGGUCACCAUGGAGGGAGGACCAAGCCCGGAUAGCUCCAUGGCUUCUUCAUCCCCUUCUUGUUUUCCUCCACCUACAUGAAGCUAACUGAGUUCAAUCUCCACCUGGAGACAUGGGAGGCUACCAGCGUGGGUCUCAGACAACCAGGCAUUCUCCAAAGUGGCGCUGUCACUGCUGCCUCCGGGCACCCUUCCUUCUCUCUACCCGUUAAUACUAAGCCUGCUGCUCACGUUAACAGCAUUCUCCUAUACCAGGCUCGCCCAAGCAAGCACAGCCAUAGCUCCUUAAGGACUGUAAUUAUACUUCAUCUAUUUCACUACAUCUCUAGUGGGACUUCAGCAAAUUAAACUCCAUAGCUGUUUGGCUAGGGAUGGCAUGGAUUUGGUGGACACUGAAGAUCCUCCUGGCAGGAGGUCUAAACACCCAAGGGCCUUCAUUCGUUUUUUGGGGGGAUUCACUAGACGAUUGUGUCGGAGGGUGGUUUCCGCGGGAGACGGGAGGAACAAGCAUCCACUCUUUGUAUCAUAUCUCUGUAUUUGACUGUGCCCUCAUUAUGCUGUGGGUCUUCUGCCCAUGUCGAGAUUUUCUGGGAUUUCCCUAAAUAAUGGAAGAAGGGGGUACUUUUCAUUAUCAAUCUCCUCUUGUUCCACUGUUUAUGAAUGGUUGGUAUCAAAGGUUGUGGACAGGCUGGGGACAGUUUGGGAAAGACAGAAGGACAAACGAGAGGAAUUUUAUGUGGAUUCUGUCUUACAACCACAUCUGUUAUUGGGGAACCUUUACCCACUGUUAACCCCACCAUCUUUUCAGCAAUCACAUUUGGGAUUUUCUUUGCCAGACAUGCCAGCACGUGCUCUGUAUUGGGCAGUAUGAUCAUUGAGCAAUAGAAGCUAUGGGGGAAGAAAGGUCCCAACACCAAUUUAAGAACUGUCACAUGGACAGGCUCUUGUCUUGUCUCAAACUGUCAGUGGCAUCCGAGUCCUUCAGAAACACCUAUUCACACCUCAUCAUGACCCCAGAUACUAUACCAAGAAAGUCAAGUGAGGCAUCCUCGGGGCUGAUAGGAAACCUGUCAUAGAUAGAUAGAUAGAUAGAUAGAUAGAUAGAUAGAUAGAUAGAUAGAUAGAUAGAUAGAUAAUGCAUAAAUGCAGAUUGGAUGCAUCUAGCCAGGUGGAAACACAGACCUUUAUAUGCUUAAUCUAGAACAGUGGUUCUCAACCCGUGGGUCAUGACCCCUUUGGGGGAGGGGACGGGUCAAAGGACCCUUUCCCAAGGGUCACAUAUCAAACAUCCUGCAUAUCAUAUAUUUACAUUAUGAUUUUUAACCAUAGCAAAAUUAGAGCUAUGAAGUGGCAACAAAAAUAAUUUUAUGGUUGGGGGUUGCCCCAACAUGAGGAACUGUGUUAAAGGGUCAUAACAUUAGGGUGGUUGAGAGCUACUGUGCGACAGGGAACCUGAGGCCCAGUAGAAGCAGCCACUUGCUGGAAGUCACUCGGGCAAUAAAACUAGUGAAAUGAGAGAGAGACAGAGAGGGACAGA